UUACUCUAAAGCCUCGUCCACACUGGACAAACUUUAGUCGAACAAGUUUGGCCGAACAGUUCGUGGAUGUUCGUCCGAACAUUUAAGGUGUUCGGGGGAGAAUGUUUGGCGAACUGCAGUGUGGACGCGUCCUCGAACAAAAGUCGGCGCCAUCUUCGUUCGGAGACAAUGUUCGCUCUUGAAGCGAACAACUGGCGAACGUUUGUGUUAGUCAGGUAGUCUGAGACAGUAACGCGUGGAAGGCGGACGUAUUCCAUAGUGCUGGUUGUGAGUUGGUGUGGAUUACUGUUUUGUUUUUGUGCAUUCAAGAUGAGUAAAGAUUUCUGGAAUCAGGACAAUAUUGUUAUGUUGAUUCAACUUUACGAAUCAAACAAGUUGUUGUGGGAUAUCUCCGACAAAGAGUAUAAAAAUAAAUUCAAGAGGAAAGACGCGUAUGCCGCCAUAGCUACUGAGUUAGGUGUCAACGCAGAAGAAGUUAAGAAGAAAAUAGACAGCAUCUUAGCUCGGUAUAGAAGAGAGAAGAAAACGAAUAUACUGAAAUCAGGAAUGGGCACAAGUGAGAAGAAAAAGCCUUGGUGGGGUUUUCCAUACUUACAGUUUUUAUCAGGAAACAACAGUACCCCCCGAGAAACAUUCUCAAACUUGACUGAGCCUAAUGACCCCGCAGUCGACAUGGAUUCCAGUGACAUCGAUGACAACGACAUUGACAACGUUUGCCGAGAAACAGCCAGCAGUAUUUCUUCUUCUAGUGUAAAGACUCCAUCAAGAUAUAGUACACCCGGGACAUCACGAAGUGGACUUGAAAGUUUAAGUGCAAGUGGCAGAGCAAAACGUUUAAAGAAAAAUCAAGUUAACGAAGCUUAUGACAUUAUGAAAAGCUGCUUGAGUGAUUUGCAAAGUCAACAACCAACAUUGAGGGAUGAUUACGCUGUUUAUGGUGAGAAUGUUGCCAACCGUCUGAGGAAGAUAAAAAACCCACUGAGUUUGUGCAAAUUACAAAAUGCCAUAGACAAUUUGAUAUUCCAGGUGGAAAUGAAGGAGUUGGAAAAAAUGCAGAAGGAAACCGAGGUCACCGCAUACACAACCCAAGAGAGACCUGCACCUUCUCAUCCACCGGAGCACGGAAGUACUGAUGUGUCACUGCUGAUGGGCACUUCAUUGUUGGAUUUACCAGACAAUUUCUCUCAUUUAUAAACGUUGUGUGAUUCUUAUUCCUAAGAUUUUUAGUUUUCAAGUGUGUUUUGAAACAUAUCUUAGUACAUGAUCAUUCAGUAAAAGGUAAGAAGUUAUUAUUUAUCUGACCCCAUAAAAGUUAUGUUUUAGCAUUAAAACCAGAAAGCCUUAAAAGAAUAAUUUUGCUUAGUCUAAUGAGAAAAGAUAGGCUUGCCUAUAGCCAGUAUUCUGCAUCUUUUUAGCGAAUUUCCAUAGGAAAAAUGAGCUAUUCAAGCCGUCAUCACUACGGCACUUUGACCUGGGACCAACA